ACACGUGGGCGGGGUGUCCCACCUCUUCAAGAGUAAAGUAAGUGGCGACCAAUUCCUGCCUAUAGAUAUCUACCCACAGUUUAUUUACUGGCGAUGCCAAUAGUAGCUAUGCUUCCGCCCGAGCCGCCUUCAACAUUUGAGGGCCCAAAGGUCCCCUACCCGGCCACCGAGCAGCCGGCAGAGGACUCGCCACUCUACAAGACCGAUGAGUUUCGCAUGUAUUGCUUUAAGGUCCUUCCUUGCAGCAAGCGCUAUGUCCACGACUGGACCGUCUGCCCUUUUGCCCAUCCUGGGGAGAAGGCCAAGCGGAGGGAUCCUCGUGUCUUCACCUAUACCGGCGUCGCCUGCCCUGAUAUGAAAAAAUGUCAGAGAGGCGACGCCUGCCCCUAUGCGCACAACGUCUUCGAGUACUGGAUGCACCCAAGCAGGUAUCGCACGCAGCUAUGCAACGACGGGAUCGGCUGCAAGCGGAAGGUGUGCUUCUUUGCACAUACCCUCGACGAGCUGCGCGUCUCCAACGUGAAGUUGCUGCCUUCGGACAUCGCGGCCGGUGCCGAUGCUGGCUUCGACCUUGACCCCUUCCGACCUGCCAAGUCAGAGCCCAGCCGCAACGCAGCCAAGCCGGCUGGUGCCUCCGUCCCCAAUGCUGCUUCAUGCGGCAACGAGGCCCUUGUCGAGGCCCUCCGCACGCAGCAGCAGCAGCAAGCCCGGAAAGCCGCUGCUACCCUGCAACGGACAGCGUCCCGCGGCCUGGCGGCGGAGCUUCAGCAGAUGCAGAUGCUCCAACAACUGCAAACGGUGCUGGCCAGCACUCAAGGCCUGGGCGCGCUUUCGCAACAAGUGCCGCAACAGUAUUCGGUGGACAACCUGGUCGGCGCCAUGAUGUCCCAGAUGCGCCUUGGUGGCGGUGGUGCUGCUGCUGCGGGCCCCCAACACGCGCUCCCCAUGGGCUCUGGCGCGACGCCCGGUCUGCUCGAUGCCAUCGUCCAGCAAACCGUGCAGCAGGUGCUGGCCAACAACGCAGCUCAGCAAGCCGCGGCAACCCUGCUUCUGCUGCAGCAACAGCAGCAGCAGCAAGCGGCUGCGGCGGCGGCCGCGAUGGCUCAGCAGCAGCAGCAGAGCCAGCAGGCGGCACACGCUCAGGCACUGCUUGAGCACCUGCUGCAGCAGCAACAGCAGCAAAGCCAUGAACGCAACGCCGCAGCACAUGGCCUACCUGACCAACACGAGCUGCACGCUGCCUUGGCCAUGCUACAUCAGCAGCAGCACCAUCACCACCAGCAGCAACACCAGUUCCCGCCCAUGGGCCCGCUGCCCCCUUACGUCGGCGCACAAAGCCAGGGUCCGCCGGCUUCCGCCCCCAUGCCAAUCGGCCGCCCGGCCCCAUCAAGCCUGGAGGAGUUUGCACCAGCCACGGCAUCCUUUGGCAUGUCUCCGUCAGUGCAGCAGCAGCACCCGCUCCCGCACUCCCUGGAGGGCCCUGGCGCCCCUUCGGGCCAUGUCGGCUCUCUGCCGGCAUCCCUGCGCUCCUCUGGAACCGGCAUGACGGCCGGCAGCUCACUGGGCAUGCAGAGCCCAGGCACCCUGGCCCUGGCGCCCGCACGCAGCGCUCCCCUGCCCAGCGACGUCGUGGUUCCCUCGGCUGCGGUGACCCCCUCGUCGCCACGCUCCCAGACGGAGCCGCCCCCAUCGAACGGCUCGCCGCCUGCGGAUGCAUCGCUGUCCUCCACCAUGUCUGGGCAUACGGCUGCUAGCGCCCUCAGCGCCGCCGCAACCUCCAGCAGCUACUUCAGCCACGAGGUGAGCCGCAGCAGCUUUGAGAGCUACCGCAGCAGCGAGCUGGAGCUGAGUCUGCACCUGGCGGCCGGCCAGCACCCGGGCUUGUGUCGGGACAGCGACGGAGCAGCGGCAGCCGCGCAUUUCGACAUGCUGAAACCCACCCUUCGUCAGCCCCAGGGUGCCUUCAUGCCUGACGGUCUGCUGUCCCGAUCGCCAUGCAGCCCGGGUAUCGGGCCCAUUGCGGAGGAGCCUGCCCUGGUUCAGGAGGCCCGUCGCCGCCAGCUGUUGAUGGCUGCCGCGGCCCAGACUCAGGCUGCUAACAACGGUAGCGCUGGCGCCAUGACCAUGUGCGGUGCGCCAGGCAUGCACGGCGGCCCUGGAUUCCAUGACCUGCUGGCUGACCAGGCCGCCAUGGGCGCCUUUGCCCAGCCUGGCUUUGGCAUGUAACGUGUCUGCGUUUUGCAACAGUAUCACAGGGCAUGAAAGGCAAGGGGUUGCUGCCCAGGCCAGGGGUACACCGAUGUGGGUUAUAAUGUAGACGGACGGUUCUUUUGUAGAUCCCACAACAUAUAGUGGUGAAGUGCUACUUGUGAUUCGGCCAAUAAUACACCACACAUUUGGUUUUAUCGAAUGGCUGCAAGAUCAGUCGUUAUGGCUUACUCUACGGGGUUAUGCUUUGGACGCGGGAAGCUGAGGAGAAAGGCGUACGCUUCACAACACACUGAUGGAAUUCAAGACCCGUCGGCCAAGAAUCCGCUUCAAGGGCAAUGACAGAUGACCUUAUCAGGUACCGCAACGGUUGGCCGCUGUCAUGAGUAGUCUGGCAUAUUGCGAUUAUAGGUGUUGCUGUUGUUGUUGCUGCUUUGCUGUACGGCGUGCUAACAAAUUUUGCGGAGCUCUGGGAGAUUAUCAAGACGACGAAAUCUUUGAAGGCAUUUUUUCCUCGUUUGCAAGAUUGCAAGGUGCUCGGGAAUGCACAUAAAUUGUGUGCGGUGGCCGUUGGGCCAACGGGGUCGUGCGCAGCUAAUAGCCGCCCCUCCGCUACAACACAGAUGUGUUCCUGUCUGCGCCGUGUGUACCCCUGGUGGUCGACGAAUUAGAGGAACAUUAACCCUACCUGGCUGCAGCCGCUGCUUGGAUUUUUCCUUGCCACCAAGCGGGUUCGGCGACGCCGUUGGGCUGUUGAUUUGCAGUUGUGUUCCACGUUUGCCGGGUCGUAAUGUUGCGUGGGUCCUUGUCCAAUCGCUAAGCGUCUCGCUUGUGCCAUGCUCAAUGUUGCAGCAAGUAGCAGAAUUCUACACCCGACCCAUUCUGCGGGACUGUGCUGCGUGUUCUUCUUUGGGUGCGGUGUGGGACGUUCCUGUCGUAUUGGCGUUUACUCUUGACGCACGUUAUGGUUUAGUCACGUGUACACGGUGUUACAGUGGGUUAUGAAGCAAGACGAUGUGAAGGGCCCACCUCCGUGUCGUCCCUUCGAUUUUUUUCAACCUUUCUUUUCACGAAGAUGGACGGUUUGCCCAACAUGGGGCAUGCCAAGAAGCCGUGACGUUCAUUCGUUUUGGGCGUGUUUUAUUGGUUACGGCGCACUUUUUGGCCUUGCUCAGGCCGCGCGACACUUUCGGCGCGGCAGCCAAAAGUUUUGAUGUGCAUUUGGCGGCUCUGGGUUGGUGCUAUGCUCCAAGAAUUUAAACUCCCGGGCGCUGUGCAUAUGUCUAAUUUCAAGGGGUUUGCGGUUGGAGGGUUUGCGCACCGCAUCGUAAUGCCGUUCACAGUGGCUUUACGCAUGUUGGACAUCACCGCUGCAUGCAGCCGUGGUUGCGCUGUACACGCUAUUCCAUAGGCGUGUCCUCACCAGCCCGCAAACGGACCUCGUUCAUUGGAGACUAGACCUCGCUAUAUUCGGAGAGCGUACGUGAGCGGUGUGUGAGGCGUGUUGAGGCUGAAUUGGGGUCCGCCAAGCAACCUGAGGUUGCCCAACCCCUAUGUGUACCCUAAACGCACAAUUGUUUUCUAAUAGAAGAGCUGUAGGGGUUGUGCCUAUAAUUGGGCUUGCUGGUUGGAGAUUGCUUAAGGGUGUGUGCUGGAUAUGUGUGUUGUGUGUAUAUCGGAACGGCGCGGUGCAGGUCGUACGGUUCUUGUUUAUCCUGUUUUGGGAAAGAGCCUUGUUAUAGCUUUCUAGCCGAGUGACCUGUAUCAACACCAGGAGAGGACGCACCCGCACGUGUUAGCUUUGCAUAUUGCAACAUUAGCCGUUACUGUAACCGUUGUGCGCUUGC